AAGAAGUUGAUCAACCAUGGAAAACAAACAAGUCAAACACCUCUACAAACUCAAUCUUCCUCAAACUCUCUCCAAUGGAGGUAAUCAAAGAAUCAACAACCCGAGUUCAAACCCUAGCACAAACAAAAACCCUAAAAGUCCCACCAGAAUACAUCCAACCAUCACAACUCCGCCCUAAUCACCACCUUCUUCCUCCUCCUUCAACCACAAUUCCUCUAAUCGAUCUUUCUCUCUCCUCCGAAAUUCUCUCUCCUCAAUUAUCAUCUGCGUGCCGACAUUGGGGAGCUUUUCAUGUACUCAACCAUGGCGUCCCCAUUAAUCUCCUUCAUCAAAUGCGGACCGUUGGAUCUUCCUUCUUCGAGGAUCUCGAUGUUUCUGAGAAAAUUAAGUAUGGUUGUGAUCGAAAUUCUCCUGCUUCUGAAGGUUAUGGAAGUCGUAUGCUGGUUAGUGAGAAAGACGACGUCGUGUUGGAUUGGAGGGAUUAUUUUGAUCAUCAUACUUUUCCAAUUUCUCGGCGUAAUCCCUCUCGUUGGCCUCAUUAUCCUUCUAAUUAUAGACAUGUGGUGGAAGAAUACAGUGAACAGAUGAAAUCACUUGCUCAGAAGCUCUUAGCUCUGAUUUCUGAAAGUCUAGGUCUACAUUCUUCUUGCAUUGAGGAUGCUGUGGGUGAUUUCUACCAGAAUAUAACAGUCAGCUAUUACCCACCUUGCCCUCAGCCAGAACUUACGCUGGGUUUGCAGGCGCACUCUGAUAUGGGUGCUAUAACCCUACUUAUCCAGGAUGAUGUCGGUGGACUAGAAGUCUUGAAAGAUGGGGGAUGGGUCAACGUACAGCCAUUAUCUGAUGCCAUCGUUGUGAUCCUUGCAGAUCAAACCGAGGUCAUUACAAAUGGUGAGUACAGGAGUUCGAUACAUCGAGCCAUAACCAAUGCGAAUAGAGCACGACUGUCGGUGGCCACUUUUCAUGAUCCUGCAAAAACUAGGAAAAUAUCUCCGGCUCCGGAGCUUGUGGCAAAAUCUGGACCCAGGUACCAGGAAGUGCUCUAUGGCGAUUUUGUUAAAUCAUGGUACACUAAGGGCCCUGAAGGCAAGCGGAACCUUGACGCACUUCUACUGUAACAUUGUCCUAUAAUGUCUACAGUGUUUUGAAAUUUUAGAUAACCUUUGAAUAUGUCAUGAAAGUUAGAGAAUGAAUACUAAUUUCUGGUUUCCAUGUAUAUGAUCAAACAAAGAACAACUUGUAUAUUGACAAGAGUCUUGAGAAAUGAAGAAAUUGCAGUGCUUACUCUGAA